AUGCCGAGCCGUCAUGUUCACGUUCCGUCAAGGUAUGGGGUUUUAGAAGUCAAACUUCAGACUCGGUUUGGACAAGAGCCUCCCAAGUGGGUGACAUAUCUGGUCCAGUCACAUCUUGUCGAAGCUGUUCCCAAGUUCAGCAAAUUCAUCCAUGGCUGCGCUACCCUACUGCCUAAUCGCGUAGAUCUCGUGCCCUUCUGGCUGCCUCAAAGUAAGCGGAAGAGCCUGCUUCCAUCUUAUUUCCUUGCCUUACAUCAUUCACAGUGGACAACCGAUAUCCUCAAGCCCAAUACUGGAUACCUCACAGUCGAGCGUCCGACAAAGAGUACUCCUGAUUUUCAGUCCGGUAUUCUCUCGCCCAUCUCGCCCGUUUUACCGGUACACUCCUAUGUUGAGCCUGUCUCUGAAGGGGAGGAAGAUGAAGAGAUGGACUUGGCGCCUGCUAGAGACGAGUUUCGGCGCACGGGGCUGCCGCACGAGGACGUUGCGGCUGCUAUCGCAUUUCGUGAAAAGUCCCUCAAGGAACGUGAACCUGCAUCUCAGUCCAGGGGAAGCAGCAGCACGUCUGAAGUGGUAUACGAUGAACGCACGCCAUUGCUGAAGCUGCCACAGCCUCCGAGGACGGAGAGGAAUGUGUCGAUUGACCCGCUUGCGCCGUCUUCUGCAUUCGAUGAGCGUCUGCGUGAGCGUUUACAUGCGAAUAAGAAUGUGCCGCCGCAUGUACAGGAUGGUGAGAUGCAGGAGGCUGUAGGACUGGUCGAAGAAAAUCUGCGAGAGGAUGAGCGUUUAUUAGUGAGGGAUUGGUGCGCGCCAUCUGGCAAGCGGAUUGCAGUGCUCGUUCGUAUCGAGCCCAAGGUGUAUUUUGCAAACGAGCGCACGUUCUUGGUCUGUCCUACAGAAGCUUAGCCGCAAUGAACUAUUUUUGUUUCCAAUUACAUGUGAUUCGCACUGCGCAGGGGACCAGAUCUCAUCGGCCAGAAAUCAGUGAUGCUCGUGUUACAAAAUGUGUUCACAUGUGGCGCCAACACUGCUUCUGCCAAAGAUGGUUCAUCUACUCGUUCCUUUCUUCGCGUUGUCCCAUGUUAACGAGUUAUUAUACCUCCGAAUACCGUCCCUGUCUGCUUGCGAAGAGUUAUGUAACCCUCUAAGCACAGCCCAACCUAGCCAUUGUCAAACGAACGGAGCUUCCAGGGAACGAGUUCAUUGGUUUUCUAAUACAAGAACCGCCAACUUGGUCUAU